CAACUGAAAUCUUCAUGACAUAAUGUUGAUGCUGGUGAAAGAGGAGCUUGAGAAGAUGACAGAUCCACAACCAUGCAGAAUAAAGGAAGAAGAUUCUGAGGAACAAAUAGAUAUGAUGAAAGUGAAAGAGGAGAGUCAAGCUGAAGUGGAUGAGAAACAUCAGAUUGUAAAAAUAAACCAUAAUGUUUCACAGAAAGAAACUCUGAAGACAGAAGACAUAAAGUGUGAAAAUAGUUUCAGUGAAGAUGAACGCCCUGAAGAUCACAAGAGGACUCACAGUGAAGAGAAACCUUUUACAUGUCACCUGUGUGGAAUGAGUUUCACCCUUAAAUCGAGCCUUAGCCGGCACAUGAAAGCUCACAGGGGGGAAAAGCCACACGCCUGCCAGCAUUGUGACAAGAGUUUCCCAGAUAGAACUCAACUUAACAGACAUUUGAGAAUUCACACUGGAGAGAAACCUCACGCAUGUCUUCGGUGUGAAAAGAGUUUCACAGAAAAACGUAGACUUGAGACUCACAUGAGAAGUCACACUGGAGAGAAACCUUACAUAUGCUCUCAGUGUGAAAAGAGUUUCAUAGAAAAACGUGGACUUGAGGCUCACAUGAGAACUCACACUGGAGAGAAACCUUACAUAUGCUAUCAGUGUGGAAAGAGUUUUAGAAGAAAAGCUCACCUUAAAGAACACAUGAGGACUCACAGUGAGAAGAAACCUUUCACAUGUCAUCAGUGUGGAAAGAGUUUUAACCGUAAAUCGAGCCUUAGCCGGCACAUGACAGCUCACGGGGGAAAAGCCACACGCCUUGCCAGCAUUGUGAAAAGAGUUUCCGAGAUAGAAGUCUACUUAACAGACAUUUGAGAAUUCACACUGGAGAGAAACCAUUCACUUGUCAUCACUGUGGAAAGAGUUUCAUAAGAAAUCAUUACCUUAAUGAACAUCUAAGAAUUCACAAUGUCUGUAUUUGUGGUCUGGUGGACUUGUGAAACGUCAUCAGUCCAAGUACUGUUCCAAUUCUAAGUUCACAUCAAUUCAAGUUCACAUAACAUCUCAGGAUGUGUUCUUGAUCUGCUCAUUUAAUUGAGGAUCCAUCAGGAGGUGACUUGUGUGGACUUACGACAGACAAGUUUCCCAGAAUGCAUUUUGUGUCAACGGUACCCAGGUGAAAAAGUAGUACACUUCCAUGGUGUACUUAAAGUGCUUUAUUUUCGCACACCAAUUUUGUACUUAAUAUACUAAAAAUUAAUCUUUAGUACGUCUUAAGAUGUUCUUAAGGUCAUCUUAGUGUACUUCACUGUGCUAUUUUGAGACACCAUAAAUAUGUACUAAAAUGCACUUUUAACAUACUGGGCCCUAUUUUAACGAUCUGAAACGUAAGUGUGAAGCGCAAAAGGCAAGUGAUUUUGUGGGCGAAUCUUGGGCGCUGUUGCUAUUUUCCUGGCGGGAGAAAUGACUCUUGCGCCAGGCGCAAAUCAAUAAGGGGUUGGUCUGAAGUAGGUUCAUUAUUCAUAGGUGUGGUUUGGGCGUAACCUCAAAUAAACCAAUCAGAACGCUAUCCAACAUUCCCUUUAAACGCAAGGGCGCAAGUUCCAUGGCGGGUUGCUAUUAUUAUGACGGAUUCACCAGGCGCACACCAGGAGCGGUUCACAGCCGAGGAGAUCGACGUUCUUGUAAGAGCAGUCAAAGACAGAGAAGUCAAACAGCGUCGAUCAAACAGGCGUGGGAGGAAAUAGCCACAAUUGUCUCAUCAGCUGGCAUCCCCAGGACGUUGUGCCAAGCGCUACAAUGAUGUCAGGAGACGGGGGAAUCCCAAGCUUGUCAGCAUAAAUCGGGCACGUCGUGUAACGGGAGGUGGAUCCCUUUACACAGAACCUGACGCCAGCAGAGGACAUCACUGCGUCCACCUUCACCGCUGAAAGUGUUGAAGGCGGUUUGGGGGCUUUGAGAUCGGACCCAAGAAACGCAAGCAGUCCAACCCCAAAGUACACUUACAAAUUCAGUUCACAUACAUUAAGGUUUCUUAUGAAAACAUUUUAAUUAUUAUUUACAUAAAAUAAACGUAAUACAGCCACACAACAAACUUAUGAAAAUAUUUUAAUCGUUAUUUGCAUGAGAAUUUUUUAACGCCGCCACACAAUAAAUAAAAACUAUCACCACAAUGCUCACCACAAUGAUUUCCCUAUCUCAUGUGUUAAUAUUUUUUAUUGUAACAAUUUAUGAUUUGCAAAAAUAACUGUUGCAUCUAAGCAAAGUAUGUGCGUGUUGUGCACGCUAUACAUUAUGGUCAAGCAUGCGCCCUUAAAAUAGCAUAAUGAACAUCGCGCCACUGACUUUAGACUAGUUUUUUUUGGUCAGUGGCGCAAUUGUUUUUUGAAACUGGAAAAUAGCAUCAGGGAUGGUUUGCGCCGGAACACGCCUCCUUUUUUUGUGCUGAACCGCCUAAGUUCAUUCCCUAGUUUGCCGACAUGCGUUUGUGGAGGGAAAAACCCGCUGUGCGCAGGUGCAAAAUACGAAUGAUACAUGCGUCACUGACAAAGUCAAUUGCGCUGGGUGCAAGAUAGGGCCAACUACCUCUGUAUUAAAAAUGUAUUUAGUUAACACUUGUAUUACACUUGAACUCAACUUUCAUUUAAAGAUGGGUUCAAGUUUACUAAAGUGGUACCUAAAUACAUUUUUUAAAUACAUUUUUGGCACAUUUUAGUUUAUAUUUAUGGUGUCUCAAAAUAGCACAGUGAAGUACACUUAGAUGA